GUGCCCGAGCAGGCGUGGCUCAUGACCGCGCCCGCAGUCCCUUCCCCCUGUGCGCGUGUCCGCCCUCUGCGCGUGCUCGUCGCCGACUCAUUGUAUCGGGCACAAGAGGCUAGAGCGCAAACCGCUGGACAACAACUGAGAGACGAGCAGAGCUUCAAACAUGGCAGCAAUCCGUAAGAAGCUGGUGAUCGUGGGAGACGGAGCUUGUGGUAAAACCUGUUUGCUUAUCGUCUUCAGUAAAGACCAGUUCCCUGAGGUCUACGUACCCACUGUGUUUGAGAACUAUGUCGCUGACAUCGAAGUGGAUAGCAAACAGGUGGAACUGGCCCUUUGGGAUACUGCUGGGCAAGAAGACUAUGAUAGGCUGCGGCCCCUCUCCUACCCAGACACCGAUGUCAUCCUCAUGUGCUUCUCCAUCGACAGUCCAGACAGUUUAGAAAACAUUCCAGAAAAGUGGACCCCUGAGGUCAAACACUUCUGCCCAAAUGUACCCAUUAUCCUUGUGGGCAACAAGAAAGACCUACGCAAUGAUGAACAUACACGUAGAGAGCUGGCUAAGAUGAAACAGGAACCAGUGAAAGCUGAGGAAGGGAGGGACAUGGCCAAUCGGAUUGGAGCUUUUGGCUACAUGGAGUGCUCCGCAAAGACGAAGGACGGUGUCCGGGAGGUGUUUGAAAUGGCAACCAGGGCAGCGCUUCAAGCACGUAGGGGCAAAAAGAACAGCAAAUGCCUUCUGCUGUGAACACACAGCACUGGACUGAAACCCCAAACAGGGGCAAACAAGUGUGUGUCCAUGAGGACAUUCCUCAAACUCGCCAAACGCUUUGGAAGAAAGUAAACUCUGAACAUAGUUUUUGUUUUUAAUUUUAUUUUUAAUCUUUCCUUUAGUCAUGGAAAUGUUUUAUCAGUAUUUAAGAAAUGCAGAGGACUUUUGUUUUUGUUUGUUUUUAUGAUGCUUUACCUGAUGAGCUUUGUGAUAUCCUAAAAGCCACACCCACCCACCAAAUUCUGCCAUGUGACUCAAAAAGCUGCCAGUUGAAUGCACAGCCCAGCUUCCAAUUGCUGGCCAAUUAUUAUGUGUUUUUUUUGUUUGUUUGUUUGUUUUGUUUUGGUUUUUGUUUUUUUUGACCAACCAUGAAACAGGGCUGAAUAUGUGAACGUGGUUUGUAAUAUCUGUAUGUAUGAAUCAUUUUUAUGGGUUGUUUUAGAUUGGGAUUUAAAACUUGUUUUGAAAGCAAAAAGGAAAUGGAGGGGUGGGGGUAGAUAUGUAUACAUACAUGUACAUAUGAACAGGUGUGUAGUAAUGUAUACACACUGUCAUUACAUGACUGGAAUUUGUAAACUAGACUUGGUAAUCUUAUGUAAUAAAAUACUUUCUAUAAGGA